AUGAAUUCGGAUUUUUCAUCACCAAGUCAAUCAACUGUUUAUAUAUCAAAUAUUUCUUUUAAUUUAACAAAUAAUGAUCUACAUAAAUUAUUUGAUAAAUAUGGAAAAAUUGUUAAAAUAACAAUUGUUAAAAAUCAUCAAACACGUCAAAGUAAAGGUAUAGCUUUUAUACAAUUUCUUUUAAAAGAUAAUGCUUUACAAGCAAUAGAAGCAUUUAAUAAUAAAGAAUUAAAUGGACGAAUUAUUAAAUGUAGUUUAGCAAUUGAUAAUGGUCGUACAAAAGAAUUUAUUCGAAAACGUCAAUAUUUAGAUAAAACAAAAUGUUUUGAAUGUGGUGAAAUAGGUCAUUUAAGUUAUAUAUGUCCAAAAAAUACAUUAGGUAAUCGAAUAAUACCUAUUAAAAAACGAAAAAAAAUUAAACAUAAAAUUUAUAUUAAUUCAUCAUCAAAUAAUUUAGAUUUAAAUGAAAAUAAUGAUACACUUGCUUCAAUAAUUAUUUCUCAGGAAAAUCAAUCUGAAAUGAUCAAUGAUACUUCACAAACUAAACGUAAACGUUAUUGUCAAUCUUCAUAUUUUAGUGAUGAAGAAGAAAUUAUUGAAUGA